AGCCAGACAGUGACCCGGAAGAAGAAGUGACUCCCACAGGCGUAGUGCAGGAGAGCGGCAGUGGAGACCGCACCGGUGGAAGCGGCAAUUUAUCUGUGUGCAGCCUACAUCUUGGAAGAAGAUGCUAAUCAAAGUGAAGACGCUGACCGGGAAGGAGAUUGAGAUUGACAUUGAACCCACAGACAAGGUGGAGCGAAUCAAGGAACGUGUGGAAGAGAAAGAGGGAAUCCCCCCACAGCAGCAGCGGCUCAUCUACAGUGGUAAACAGAUGAAUGAUGAGAAGACAGCAGCUGAUUAUAAAAUCCUAGGUGGUUCAGUCCUCCAUCUGGUGUUGGCACUAAGAGGAGGAGGUGGUCUUAGGCAGUGAUGGACCCUCUCUCUAUUUUACCUCUUUACCCUGUUCCUCGUAAUGAGGCAUCAUACAUCCUAUCAGUCUCUGGGACACCAGAGUGACUGCCCCCUCUCCUGGAUGCCCAGUCUUGUGUGUCUACUGGUGGGAGACUGUGACGACCUCAGGAUGCAGUGUUUCUGGCCCAAAGGGCCCUUGCUGGCUAUUGGGUUUUAGUUUGCAGACCUAUGUGCUACCCUCUCUGGUUCUCAAUAAAAUAAAAUGUAAAAGA